AUGAACGCUUUAGUGACAUUUGGUUGUGCUUUGUUGGCAGCUAUUGUUAACUCUAUUUAUACCUCGGCGUUCGACGCUCUUAAGACGUCACUUGGUGCCGAGGGACAGAAAUAUGACCUUACAAAUUUAUACGACGAUUGCAUAAAUGACGUGAACGGACCGUGGAACUCCCCAAUGGCGGCAGGCAUUGCUGCCACCGGUCUUGUUGUUGGUGGACGCCUAGGUUGGCUCGUCUACAGAAAAUGCAAUAGUUUUGGAAAGGAUAUUGAGGAUGCGGACGAAGACCACGCAGCGGACAAGAGGAACGCGGAAACCCAGGUGUCUCUAGAACAUCUGGGCCAAGCGGAACCUGAAAUCGAACGAAAUGUCGACGAACACCAGGAAACGGACAAGAGGAACGCCGAAACUCAGGUUGAUCUUGGACAACCAGAACCUGAGGACGAACCAGGCGAUGACAUUGAACAAUCCAAAUUAGCAGACAUCUUACGCCUUCAUGAGGAACUGCUGGGGGAAAAGGAGCAGUUACAGGAAGAGCUAAGAGAGGCUGCCAGUCACGGAUACAGAAUGGAAAAUUUAUUGGAAGAAGCACAAGAGGAAGUCCUGAUUCUGAAGGACGAUAUAAUGGCAAUGGAAUACGAAUAUGAACUGAAGUUACGGCAGAAAGACAAUGAAAAUGCGGCUACAAAGAAUGCCAUGCAGAUGGCUUUAGAAGAGGCGCAAGAGGAAGUCCUGAUUCUGAAGGACGACAUAAUGGCAAUGGAAUACGAAUAUGAACUGAGCUUUCGGCAGAAAGACAAUGAAAAUGCGGCUACAAAGAAUACCAUGCAGAUGGCUUUAGACCAGCAGCGAAGAGCAGACCACCGCUUGAAAGAAGCAGAGGCUCAGAAUGAAUCUUUACAACGUCGUCUCAGGGAAAAGGACCUGUUGAUAAAGAAGAAAGAAGAUGAACUGGAGAAUGAGAUGAAGAAGAGGGAAAGAGCUGUCCUCGAUAAAGAAAAAGACCUUCUGCAAUUAGACAAAAAGUUGCGAGGUAAAGAGGAAGCUGUUCUGAGAUUGGAAAGAAUGGUGAUGAAGUGCGAUGAAGAAUUACAAGCAAGAAGAGGCUGUAAUCGAAACACAGAAUAA